GGUGACGGUGGCCGCGCCGGCUGCGGGAGGUGUGGGGGGUGCGGGGCUCCUUCCUCGUGUCCUGGCCCGGCGCGUCGUUCCAGCGGCUCCUGCGCUCCCCGUGCGGACACCGCCGUGCUCCGAGGCGAGCUUUGUGUAGCUGAAGGAAAAUGAUGGAAGAGAGUGGAAUAGAGACAACUCCACCUGGCACACCCCCACCAAGCUCAGCAGGGGCUGAUGCUGCUACAACACCUGUGUCAUUAGCUUUGUCCAGUCCCCUUUCUAAACCAGGCGUGUCCUCUUCUCCUGCAUAUUCACCACCCUUGCCAGCUGGAUCAUCUUCAGUUCCUCCUCCUCUUCCUUCCGCUCUGAUGACUUCGUCUUCUCUCCCACCUGUGCCUCCUGCAACGGUUUCUUCUCUUGCACCAUCUCAAGGUCCUGCCCUACCUCUUGCUUCCCCUUUAACCUCUAGUACCUCUGUGUCCCAGUUCUUUGGUCCUUCUGCAUUAAGCUCUACUGCUGGCGCUGGCCUUCCUGCACCUCCCACUGGUCCCCCCAUUUCAGGAUUUUCCAUGUCUUCAGCCUAUGAUAUCACCAGGGGUCAUGCUGGUCGAGCACCACAGAGCCCACUGAUGCCAUCAUUUUCUGCACCUCCAGUCACAGGAGGUGUUUUAGAUGAUCCCAUCUCUCAACAAACAACUUUCUCAUCAUCUUUGUCUCCUGGGAGUGGCUCUGCAAUCACUUUUCCUGAGGAGCAUGAAGACCCCAGAGUAUCUACUGCCCAUGGUGGAGCACCUGCUGGAGGGCUGUGGGGGUUUAUAAAGGGUGUAGCUGAGAAUCCCAUGGUGAAGUCUGUUCUUGAUAAAACCAAAUAUUCAGUGGAGACCAUGAUCACAACACUGGAUCCUGGCAUGGUUCCCUAUAUCAGAACUGGGGGAGAACUGGACAUAGUAGUCACUUCUAAGAAAGAGGUAAAAGUGACAGCAAUACGGGAUGCCUUUCAAGAAGUCUUUGGAAUGGCUGUUGUUACUGGAGAGGCUGCACAGUCUAACAUUGCACCCCAACCUGUGGGCUAUGCUGCAGGUUUAAAAGGAGCACAGGAAAGGAUAGACAGCUUGCGUCGGACAGGAGUCAUCCAUGAGAAACAGCCUGUUGUAUCCGUGGAAAACUUCAUUGAGGAAUUGCUUCCUGACAAGUGGUUUGACAUUGGAUGUCUGAUUAUUGAGGAUCCAGUUCAUGGAAUUCACCUGGAAGCAUUCACCCAAGCAACACCAGUGCCUUUGCAAUAUGUUCAGCAGGCCAAGAGUCUCACUCCUCAGGACUAUAAUCUAAGAUGGUCAGGCUUGUUGGUGACCGUGGGCGAGGUGCUGGAGAAGAGUGUCAUGAAUGUGAACAGGACGGACUGGCACUUGGUGUUCACGGGCAUGUCCCGCAAGCAGAUGAUCUACAGCGCGGCCAAGGCCCUGGCAGGGAUGUACAAACAGCAGCUGCCACCCAUGAGCGUGUGAGAGGGGCUGGUCUGUCACACCAAGGAGUACUGGGCUUGGUUCUGGAGUUGAUGUGAAGGCUACACGCUUUUAAUUCUCAGUGGAUGCAACAUGGAUUUGUAAUCUUAACUCUAAACUGUUUCUACUUUUGAAGAAGCAAAGGUGAUUUCCAGUAGUGGAAGUGAGCAAUUGCGGUUUUUAGCUAUUAGAUGAUUUCCAGUAUGAUUCACAAAGCAGGAAAUUGAGACAAAUGUAUAUUUAUGACUGGUACAAGUAGCAUUACAAUUUUUUAAGUGGAACAUGCUAUGAUUUGACACAUUAGUAGGCAUUUGCUGAGAUGCUUUAGUUAGUAUACUUUUGAAAGGGGAUAUCUGUUUAGGUAUUUCUAUUAUAUUAAUAAUAUAAACAUGUUGACAGCAAAACACGUAUGUUAUAUAGGUGCAUUUCAAUCCAGAGAUACUACCUUCUGUAUUACAUGUUUUAGUGGGGCACAUAUUUAGGGGAUACUUAACACCUCAUGGGUUUGGUGUCUGUAUAUAGUUCUCAGGAGUGAUGCCAAGUAGUUUCUACAGCACAUAACAGUGAGGUGCUGAAGAG